AGAAACUAGAAAGCCACUAUCAUUAUCAGAGUUGGAAGACCCUGACGCUGACCCGAACUCCGAGUCUCACACUAUCCACUGUGAUCUGUCCUCACCUUCUUCCCCAAAUUGCUGCUAAUUGUUUGCUUCAAUGUCCGACGUCGGCGAAAGCGAGCCCGCUCCGCUAAAGCCCAAUGGGCCUGUGCGCUCCGAGGAGUCCAUGUCCCCCAUGCAGUUCACCACCUCCGCCGCCGCCAAAAUCGCCUCCCAGCCUCUCCCCUCCUACGACCCCUCCGUCUGGGGCGUCCUCACCGCCAUCUCCUCCAACGCCCGCAAACGCCCCCAGGGCAUAAAUAUGCUAUUGACUUCCAUUGAGCAUCAAAUUGGACGAUGCGUAGCCGAUAAGCGGUUCCAGAUUGAGUCUACUGCCAUUAGUGCAAAUCACUGCAAGAUAUAUAGGAAGAAGGUUGAUGAAGAUGCCAAGUCUGCAUCAAUCUUCCUCAAGGACACAAGCACGAAUGGGACGUAUCUCAACUGGGAGAAGCUCACAAAAGCUGGCCCUGAAGUUGAAGUACAUCAUGGCGACAUUAUCUCGCUUGCUGCACCCCCUCAGCAUGGUAUUGCAUUUGCAUUUGUAUUUAGAGAAGUUGUCUCCAAUGCCAGUACAGCUGGUGCUUUUGCAAAGAGAAAAGCAGAUGAGUUUGCUGGUGAGAACAAGAGACUGAAAGGUAUUGGCAUUGGGGCUCCUGAGGGUCCAAUAUCUCUUGAUGAUUUUCGAAGUCUUCAACGGUCCAACACGGAAUUGAGGAAGCAAUUAGAAAGUCAAGUCAUUACAAUUGAUAGGUUGCGCAGUGACAAUCGUUUGGCUGUUGAGCAUCAUGAAAAUGAAAAAAGAGAACUGAAAGAAUCAGUUGCAAAACCUUACCUUGAUCAACUGAAAGAGUUGCGUCGUGUUGUGGAGGUUAAUCAGAAGGAGGUGGUAGAGAUCAAUAAGAUAUGUGCAGAACAAAGAUAUGCUCUCGAAGACCUUAAUGAAAGGCUUACAGCUUCUGUGCAGUCAUGCACUGAAGCAAAUGAAAUAAUGAAUACUCAGAAAGCUUCUCUGGCUGAGCUCAAGGCACAGUUGGAUGAAGAGCGAGAUCAGAGAAGAGAAGAGCGAGGAAAGGCUGCAGUAGAUCUAAAAGCAGCAGUACAUAAAGCUCAAUCAGAUGCUCAAGAGGAACUAAAACAAUAUUCUGAUGCUGCCACAAGACGAGAGAGAGAGCAACAAGAAGUAAUUAACAAGCUUCAGGAAUCAGAGAGAGAGGCGUGUUUACUAAUAGAGAACUUGAGAACAAAAUUGGAAGACACUAGGCAAAAGUUGGUAGUCUCUGAAAAUAAAAAUCGCCAGCUAGACACCCAAGUUUGCGAAGAGCAGUCAACCUCUGAUAGUCGAAAAAAGAGAGUGGAAGAACUUGAACAUGAGAUGAAAGGACUGAGGAAAGAGCUCGAGAGUGAAAAGCAGGCGGCUCGAGAAGAAGCAUGGGCUAAAGUUUCUGCCCUUGAACUAGAGAUGAAUUCUGCAAUGCAGGAUCUUGAUUUUGAGAGACGAAAAUUGAAGGCUGCUAGAGAAAGAAUAAUGCUUCGGGAGACACAACUAAGGGCAUUUUAUUCCACAACUGAGGAGAUUUCUGUACUGUUUGCUAAACAGCAGGAACAGUUGAAAUCGAUGCAGAGGACACUGGAAGAUGAGGAAAAUUAUGAUAACACAUCAGUUGAUUUUGACCUCAAUGUUAUUGGGGAUACAACUGGAACUGAAGGCAGAGAUGAUAAAGUAAUCAGGUACCGAAGAAACAACACUGCUAGGGCAGGGUCAGCAACAACACCGCAGAGGUCCAAUGGAAAUCAAAUUGGAACAUCUAGUGAAGAAGUCAGUGUUACUGAGAAGCAUGACUGUGAUAUCAGAAGCCAACAAGGUGAACAUACCGAAGAGGCAGAAUUCACUAGUGCAAACCAUGGUGUCAAGGGUGGCUUUGGUUCUGACAUUGAUGGUAUUGGUACAGGACCUGUUAUGGAGGGAGAUGGCAUUGGCACUGAGCAUGUUCCUGAAACUGAAGGCAUUGACACUGAGCAUGUUCCUGAAACGGAGAGCCCUGGAAUGAUUGGUGACGAGAAUAUUGAUUUGAACAAGAUUGCCACUAUGGAAGGGGAUACAAUGCAAAUUGAUGAGGAAGGCCAUGUACAAGGAAAUGAUGAGAAAGUUCCAAUGAUUUUUCAGCAGCGUCACUCUCAAUCAAACACAAUCAGGACAGCAGACCUUAUAGCUUCUGAAGCUAUUGGUAGCUGGGCUUGUAGCACAGCCCCUUCUGUCCAUGGAGAAAAUGGAUCUCCAAGAAGUAGAGACAACAAUGAGGAAGGUGCUGCUGCACCACACGAUCCGAUUGACAGGGUGGCUGAGAGCCAAAGUACUCCAUCUUCUGAGACUGCUGCCACAAGACGGAAUCGUGAGCGUCAAGCACUGAGUGAAAUGAUUGGGAUAGUUGCUCCCGACUUAAAAGAACAGUUCGGUAAUGUGGACGAUAGUUAUGAUAAUGAGAGAAGAAAACAGGCUUCUACAUCUGACUCAGAUACCGAGAGUUGUACGAACAGUGAAGAUAAUAACAAAGUUGAAGCUGCCGAAGGUGAUUCAAUUUCAGACUCAGAGACCGAGGGUAGUGAUCGGGUUGAUAACGCAAUGGACGAAGAUGAUGUGGAUACAGAAGAAGAUUCCGUUGGAUAAUCGGUUCGUAAGGAAUCCAACAAGUAGUCUUACUUUUCUGGUUUGUUUUUCCUCUUCGUUUAGUUCAUACGUUUCGAGAACUCUUUAGGAUCAUGUAUAUAGUAUAUAUGUGCAACUCUCCCUACACCA